AUGUCCGCCCUGCAUCUGCAAAGGGAGACGCCUAUAGAGUCUGUAGCAGAAGAUGUCAUGAUUCUUCGUUAUUUUACAGUUGCUGCCCUGGCUCUUUCAGUUUAUGAGUAUUUGAUAACCAUUAAGGGAGAGGUCGACCUUAUAUGGCCAUCCCGAUUUACACUGCCAAUAGCACUCUUUUUUUGUAAACCGUUACCUUCAAUAGUUGCUGCCGCAGUCACAACAUAUUACCUCCUAGUAAAUGUUUCUGGCGACAAUUACGGUGUCGGAGCUUUCUCUAUCAAUCUGGCCCAUUCUGGAUGCCUUUUCUUAUUCUUUUAUCCAGAUGAGUGGAUAGCGUACCUUAUCCUCAUUUCCACUGUCACCAGAAGUACAGAUCGGGUAUCGGGAUCACUUGGUAUCCAUCUAAAGACAAUGCUGACCGGAGGGAUUAUAAGCUUGUUGUGCGUCAUAUGCAUGGCGUUUGCAAACAUGAUGCUAGUACUUUACAAAGAGGUCCCUUUGAGUCUCAUUCUCAUGGUGUAUGACAUUGUGAUCCCUAGCUGUACUGGCAAUCUAGCUGUACUGGCAAUGCUGAAUCCUAAAUUUCAGCUUACAAGGCAUUCUCUGCUGCGUUCUAAGCAAUCGCCUUCUCUUGCAACUUUGAGAGGCCAGAUCUAG